AUGCUUCCCGUCUACAUAACCGUGGCACUGGAUGUAUUUCUCAUCCUCCUGGCCAUCGGAGUUUUCCUGUUCAAAAAACGCAAAACUCAUGGAGGAAAAGUUAUGCAAAAGGCAAAGUCGACAGACGCAGUAGCUGGAAGCGAAGAGGCUGGAGCUCCGCCAAUGAUAGCCAGCGAACCUAUUGAGGCACGAGAGAUUGCAGAAUCACCAGAAAUCCAGCGUCUGAUGCGAUCAUUCCAAGAAUGCAUUGGGGCCGACAAUGUUGGACUGGCCUUCGAGUUUCAAGAUCUGUCAUUUGAACCAAAGCCUGGCAAAAGCAUUCUCAGUGGUAUCUCAGGGGUGAUGCAAAGCGGGUCAUUCUGGGCCGUUAUGGGCGGCUCGGGAGCUGGCAAAAGUACUUUCCUCAAUGUGCUGAUGGGGAAGACCAAACAUACUGGAGGCACAGUGUUAGUGAAUGGUCAUCAGGAGAAGAUGAAGAAGUACAAGAAACUGAUAGGAUACGUCCCUCAGGAUGACAUUGUCCUGCCAGAACUGACAGUGCGAGAAAAUAUCCUUCAUUCAGCUCGUAUCCGAUUGCCUCACAACUGGUCAGACGAGCAGAGACAAGAACAUGUUGACACUUUGAUUGCUUGUUUGGGAUUGUCUCACGUUUCUGAUUCGCUGGUAGGAGAUACUCGAAAGCCCGUGAUCUCUGGAGGGCAAAGAAAGCGCGUCAGUAUAGGGCUAGAACUUGCAGCAGCGCCAAUGGCCCUCUUUCUGGAUGAACCGACCUCGGGGCUUGACGCGACUUCUGCAGCCUCUGUGAUGGGACUGUUGAGAUCUAUCUCUCGCCUCGGCGUCACGACGAUUGCAAUCAUCCAUCAACCACGGCAGGAGGUUUUUGAGUCCAUUGAUAACCUCCUCCUUCUAGGUAAUGGACAACAGAUCUAUGCAGGCGAAACCAAAGAGGUGACAACGUAUUUCAACAAACUUCACUUUAGCUUUCCCCAGAACAGAAACCCUGCCGAUGUCCUGAUGGAUAUUGCAACCGGCAGCGGGCAGCAGUACAGUGAGGACCUGUCGUGGAGGGAGGACAGUGUUCAACGGCUGCUAGAUAGCUGGCAGAGCCACUCCUCAGCGGCCAGCGUCGAGGACGAGAAAGGCGAUAUGGUAAAAAAUAAUGAUGCCAGCAAACCCAGAGCCGGAGUGCGAGUGGUCGCAUCGACACUGGCACAGCAAGACUCCCUUAAACACUCAAUAAAUAAGCGAGGAGCGCCGUUCUUCUCACAGGUCUGGUUCUGUUUCGACCGAGCCAUGCUUCAGCAGCUCCGCAACACCGGCAGCUUUUUCUUUGAAGUGGGAGUCGGCGCACUCGCAGGGGCAGUGAUCGGACUCUCUGCGUUCUCAGCCAACGGCCAACUCUUCAAGGGGAUCUACCAUUUUCCAUUUACGGCACUUUCGAGCGCUGUGGAUUAUCAGUCUGCUAUCCAGAUUGGGCUUCUGGGUGGACUUGCAAUUGGACUGGCAGCUAGCGCGGCUGGCGUCAAGGUAUUUGGUGAUGAAAAACAAAUCUAUUGGCGAGAGGCCGCCGCUGGUCACAACCGAUACGCAUACUACAUCGGCAAGGUGCUGUCGACGCUGAUUAGGAUGACACUGUCAUGCCUCCACUUCAGCGUAUUCCUGGGCGUACUCGCCACGCCGCUCAUGUCGUUUCCGACCAUCUUCGCUUCCAACCUUCUCUACUUCUACUGCAUCUACGGGUUCUCCAGCUGUAUCAGCAUGGCGACUCGGCGAGAAGAUGGGCCGCUGUUGGCCGUCAUGGGCAGCUUGGUUCUUGGUAUCCUCGGAGGCGCCGCGCCGCCGUUGAGUAAAGUGAAGACGUGGCAUAUGGAAUGGUUGUGGAGAAUGUCGCCUGGUACAUGGUUCACGGAAAUCUGGUUCACACAGAAUGUGGAGCCUUUGGACUACCUAUACAUCACAGAGCUUGCGGCUGACGCCACCGGUUUCAGUUUCCAUCAUGUAGCUUUGGACAUGGGGUAUGCCGUACUGACUCUUGGCCUGCUCCGAGAGAUGUUGACGUUUUUACAGUGUGCUUCUCACGAUUGGGACCAUUUACCGUAUCGUCGCCUGUGCGCUUCUCGUCCUGGUAAAGCGGAGCAAACAGAGAUGAUUCAGCGGCGCAUCGCUUAA